CCGAAAUCAAAUUUGAUAGUCGGUCUACUAAAACAAUUGACGGUUUACAGGAGUCCUCUAAACGUUGUCGUUAUCUCAAAGGAAAGAAUGACGUGGCGAGGAUAAAAUCGCAUUCGCCUCUGUGUGUGUUCUCAAGUCAUUCAAAUUGUCACCCGUAUCUGCCAAAAACCCUCUAACCACUCAAAAAAAUAUCUCUGCUCUGCUCCAAUGGCGUCGUUACUCGAUUCCGUCACCGUGACCCGCGUGUUUUCUCUGCCGAUUGCGGCUUCGGUCUCGUCUUCUUCAGCUGCUCCGUCGGUUUCACGACGCCGGAUUUCUCCCGCCAGGUUUCUGGAAUUCAGAGGUUUGAAGUCUUCGCGGAGUUUGGUGACUCAGUCGGCCAGUCUGGGUGCGAAUCGUAGAACCAGAAUCGCUCGCGGUGGACGAAUCGCCUGUGAGGCUCAGGACACCACUGCCGCCGCCGUCGAAGUACCAAAUCUGUCUGAUUCAGAAUGGCAAACAAAGGUUCUGGAAUCAGAUGUCCCAGUUCUGGUCGAGUUCUGGGCACCAUGGUGUGGACCUUGCCGUAUGAUUCACCCCAUAGUUGACCAGCUAGCCAAAGAUUUCGCAGGGAAGUUCAAAUUCUACAAAAUCAACACUGACGAGAGCCCAAAUACAGCAAACCGUUACGGGAUACGAAGCGUUCCAACAGUAAUCAUCUUCAAAGGCGGUGAGAAGAAAGAUAGCAUCAUUGGAGCUGUGCCUAGAGAGACGUUGGAGAAAACUAUAGAAAGAUUCUUGGUCGAGUAACAAAAUUUGACUCUUUUGUCACUCUGAACCAUUUUACCUUAUCUUCUCUCUUGUAAUCUCUGUAAAGUCUUUUAAGUUUUUGACUAUUAUGUUAUCGUGGGUCCUCUUUGUCUUCUUCAAUAAAAAAAAUGGAAACAAAGUAAUCCACCGACGCAUGAGAAGCAUAACUCCACGUUGAACCACAUGCCAUUGUUCUUCCUAAUUCACCGUACAAUCUAUAUACAUACAUAUGUUUUGAGUAAUGUAGGCUUCCGUACUGUUUCAUUCUGUGUACUGCAUAGGACAUAUAUUAAUACCACGAGGGGGUCUAUGUAAUCUUAUAUUAUAUCAUGUAUGUUUUCGAUUUCUAAUCCAAUUAUGUGAGUAUAUACUAUGUGGC